UGAUGCAUGUAGCCGCCCUCUGUCGAGUGAGUGUCGACUCGUAAUCUGGAUUACCUUUCCUUAUUCUACUUUUGUACACUGACUCCACCUUUUCAGUUUUUUGGUUUUCACUUCCCUUCCCUCCAAACUUUACACCACAAUGUCCCCAUCAACCAUAUCUACAAUCUCCACUCCCAAGCAACCUCCGCCCCUCUCUCCUUUUUCCUUUUAAUCUCACAAAAUCUUUUUCUUCUUAAUUUCUGCCUCUACUACUCCCGCUCCUUCCUUCAUCACUCUUCUUCUUUCUUUUUAUUAUUAUAUUUGUAUGUUCCUUUCUUCUCUUUCUAUUCUAAAUCCCUUCACUUUUUAAAAAGGAAAAAAAACAAACAAACAAAGACUUGACAAAGAGAAAGAUGAGUGGGUUGUUCCGAUCCAAAUCUUGUGGGCUCGUCGGAAUCACUGAGUUCAACCAUGCUCCUCCCAGUCCAUUCUUCCACCAACCCGAAACCAACAAUUAUGAAACCAGUGACGAAGAAGAAGAAGGCUAUGAUGGGAACCCCAUCGCUACGACGCCGUUUAUAAGCCCCAAGUCGAGAUUUGGUAGUAGUCAGAGGCGAAGCGGUCAUUCCACGUCCAAAGACAAUAACCAGUACCCUUUUUUGGAUAUUUUGGCGGCCUUGUUAAGGAAGUCGCUGGUCACGUGCAGCGUCGAUACUGACGACGUGUCUUCCAUGGAUAUUAGCUUGCCAACUGAAGUCAGGCAUGUUUCUCACGUGACUUUUGACCGCUUUAAUGGUUUCCUCGGCUUGCCUACUGAGCUCCAGCAUGAUGUUCCCAGAAGGGUUCCCAGCGCCAGUGCAAGUGUUUUCGGAGUUUCUGCCGAGUCAAUGCAGUGCUCUUAUGAUGACCGAGGGAACAGUGUGCCAACUAUUCUUCUGAUGAUGCAGAAACGUUUGUAUGCAGGAGGAGGCCUUAAGGCGGAAGGGAUAUUCCGGAUUAAUGCCGAGAAUAGUCAAGAAGAGUAUGUCCGAGACAAGUUAAACAAAGGUGUAGUACCACGUGGAAUUGAUGUCCAUUGUUUGGCAGGUUUGAUAAAGGCAUGGCUUAGAGAACUUCCUAGUGGAGUACUUGAUUCCCUCACACCAGAGCAGGUGAUGCACUGCAACACCGAAGAUGACUGCAAUGAACUCGUGAAGUUACUUCCUCCAACAGAAGCUGCUCUCCUUGACUGGGCUAUCAAUUUGAUGGCUGAUGUGGUGCAGCAUGAAGAAUACAACAAAAUGAAUGCACGAAACAUUGCCAUGGUUUUUGCACCAAACAUGACUCAGAUGGCUGAUCCUUUGACAGCAUUGAUUCAUGCUGUGCAAGUAAUGAACUUCCUCAAAACACUGAUCUUAAAGACACUUAGUGAAAGGGAGGAAUCAGCUUCCAAGGACAGGUUGCUGUCAUCAUAUUCUCCUACUACCCACUCUGCAACUGCAGAUGGUGGGAUAUCCAACGAGCAAGUUCUGGGUUCAAGUCCAUCUAAGGAAGCUUCCGCGGCUAAGCUAUUGAGGGCUGCCACUCUCAGUAGAUUGGAAUGUGAUCCCGAAGAGAAACUAUGGAGCUCUUGGAGUGGUGAUGGGGAAGAGGAAUUUGAGUCGAUUUCAGGUAACAGCACGCCAAAUGCAUCUGAAAUGGCAACUGUUGAACAUGAACGUGGAGGUGGAGGUGGGCAUGAUAGCAAGGAGUGGCAAAGUUUAAGAAAAGGUGUAAGGCAGUUAUGCAGACACCCUGUAUUUCAGUUGAGUAAGUCAACUAAGAAGAGCCGAAACCUGGGGAUUGUAAAUACUAGAGGAGGUGGAUAAGCUCGAAUGUGAUACAUCAUUACCGUAUCCCAAAAUGUUUAUAUGUUUGUUUUGUAUCAUUGAGGUGAUUUGUGAUUGUGUAUGCGAAAUUUUAUAGUUUGUAGGAUUGGUUUGGAAGUACAAACUGAAAGCUAUAUAGAUGAAUGAUUUCUUCUUAGUCUCCUUGUACUAGCUUCAUGAUAUGCAAUAGUAGUACAGAAACCAAGCAAGUUUGAAAGAAAUAUAAAGUACUUUUUAUGAUUGCGUUGCC